UUGUGAAUACCUUGAUACCCUGAUUCCCUCAUGUUUAAAGAUACACGUUUUCAUAUUAUUUAGUUUUAUGUGCAGAUCAAUCAAUCAAUCAGCAGUAUCAAAAUGGCUACUGAUUAUGGACAUUGCUUUCCAUUGUUUUUAGAUCAAUGGAUAAUUUACAGCAAGUCAGAGAUUUGGUAAUGGCAGCUCUCCCAGGUCUUUCCGAAGAAACCUUGGCUGCACUCAUAGAGGGCUUACAAAUGCUUGGUGUUGAAAGCAAGAGGGAUUUGUUUUUGGUGCGAGAAGAGGAUCUUGCAGACUACCUCAGACCAAUACAGUGCAGAAGACUGAUGAGUGCCUGGAAAUGUGAGGGUAGGAGAAGAAAUUAAACAAUAUAGAAUGCAUAGAACAUUAAGUUAUGUUUGAUAAUGAGCUUUUUUUCCUUUUCUGCAUUUUUUUUCUUUCAGAUCAUGACCGAACUGAACCAGGCCCAUUGUCGUCAUUUUCUUCAUCCCCGUGUAGUUCAGACUCCUUAAAGAUGUCUUCGCCGUCACUUUUAAGUACACCAUGGCCAUCAAACUUCAGAGUUAAGUGGGACAGAAUGCCAGCUGGGAUACAGACAGCAGUUGCCAGUCUUAGAAGACCAUCACCAGCUGACCGAAGACAAAUGGUGAGGUGUGUGGUGGACCAAAUGCGAGAACAUAAUAUUAAUCCAUCAAGGGAAAUUUGUCACACAGUCGCUAAAAGCAUAAUUAGAGAGUACCCAAGAAGUUUCUUAGAUGUUCUUGAAGAUGGAGAGAUCAUUGGAGAUGGAUGUAGCUCUCUUCUCAUGCAAAUCAAGACAAGGGUGGAGCAUGUGAACCGACAUAACCCACUGGCUCGACGGCGACAAAUGAAAAAAUCUUGCUCUGAGGCAGAAGUGGACAAAAACUGGCCAAAGGGCCCAUUGGAUCAGUACGGAUGUGUUAGAUGGCAGCCCGAAGAUUUUCCUUCUGGGGAAACGGAUGAAUCAUUGGAAGAACUAAGAAGGCAGAUGGUGACUCUUUAUUCUCGAGAAGGGAAAGCAGGAGCCGAGAGGGGAGAACUUCAAACAUGGCUGGAGAAGAUAUUCGUACUUCAGCGUCGCUACAUCAAUGGUACUCCUUCACCCGGGAUCCCAGAUGUCAAAGACAGAUGGCCAUUCUUAUUCUCUCAGAGAGGCAUUCAUACCCACUUCCAUCUACUGACAAAUAUGCCUAUCCUCCAGAAGCUACCGGAAGCCAUUGAAAAGAAAGGCAAAACAAUACUGAAGUUUUUUCAAAUGCAGAAGUCCAACACUGAGGUCACUGAAGUUUUGUCUGCCUUUCAAGAGCAAGCAGGGCACAGCAAGGUGAUGUGCAUCACCCUCCUUAUCCUGGCUUAUUUUAAAGAGGCAAAUGACAGCAUCUUCCUUCAGGCUGAUGUAAGUUCUCUCUCCCAAAUGUUUUUUUUCUGUUAUCUAAAUUCAGUUAUUUUGUAAAAGCCUUGUGUUGAAUGUGCUGUUGAAAUAUAUUUUUUUUAUUCCAGCCAUCUGCCACAGCUGCUGAUGUUGACCGGUUGUUCACUUUGCCCAGUACCCCUCGGCUAAUUGUACAAGGUGCUGGUGAGAUUUCUUCUGCGUUCUUAUCAAAUGAUAUAUUAGUUUUAAUUACCAAAAUCAUUGGAGAAUUUUUCACAGGGCAGUUAUGUGGUCAUGCAUUAACCAUUGCUCAUUAUUCUAUAUACAUGUACAAUUAUUUCAGGAGAGAUGUUGAAACCAAGUGCCUGGAUGUUGGCUGUUGAAGGCCAAGUUGUGAUGGGGCCACAUGAAGCCAUAGUGAAUGGGAUAGCUGUGCUUUUUGCCAGUUACUACAACUUCAAUAUUCAGUACCCAGUGGAGGCGUCAUCUACCUUGGAGUUCAUUCAAAGAGGCCUGGUUGGUAUCAACCCUGAGAUGGGUUCCAAGGUGGCUGCUGGGAAAGUACUGAGCAGAAAGUCUGGGCAAGUGGUGAAAAGAAAGAGAGUGACCAUGAAUCCACAUGUGUGCACCUUGCUGCGGAAACUGAUGGACUGUGACUGGUUGGAAAUGUAGCAGCACUUU